GCUUAUCCUCUGCUCAUCACAUGCAUGAAAGAGGCUAUGCCAAACCAACUUUGCUUUGAUCCGGUUUGCUUUGAGCAAACCGGAUGAAAACAAAGUUGGUUUGGCAUAGAAACCUGGAAGAGUGCGAUGUGACUGUCGAGACGAGUCGAUCGUGUUGCGGUCUGUUCCCGCUCAAGCCAAGUCGACUCGAGCAACGCGACAGCCCGUCUCCGAAAUCGCUCAUUCUCGGGCUGACGGUUUCCUGUCUGUUUUCUGUCGUGGGGAUUCAAGGUCGUCGGAAUGUUAGGGGCAUCGUAGAGAUUCUCUCACCAGAUCGCGAACGAGCGGGAGUGGAGGAUGUAUCGACAGACGCUGGAAGGGAAGACGGCCAUCGUCACCGGUGUCGCCAAAGGGAUCGGCCGGGCGAUCGCGGAGAGAUACUGCGACGAAGGGGCCCAGGUCUACGGAAUAGACAUGGACGAGGCGGGGUUGAAGACGAUCGAUAAACCCGGAUUCGUCCCGGUCGUCUUGGAUCUGAGGGAUUCCGCAGCCGUCAAAGACUGGGUCAAGACCAUUCCUAGAGUUGAUAUCCUUGUGAACAAUGCUGCGUGGAUCGCGCACAAGGCGCACCGUCUGCUGGACGUGGACGAGGAAGAAUGGGACGAAUUCUUCGAGGGGAACGUGAAGAUCAUUUUCACCAUGUGCAAGGCGGUGAUGCCGGGGAUGAUCGAGGCGGGUGGGGGGGUCAUCAUCAAUAUGGGGUCGUGCGUCGUGAGGGGGUGGCCGAGAAGGGGGGUGUACACGGCCACCAAGGGGGCGGUGCUGGGGCUCACCACGGGGAUCGCGAUCGACUAUCUGAGGCAGGGGAUCAGGUGUAACGCCGUCUGUCCUGGGCCGGUGGAGACGGAGACCUUCGCUCAGAUCGGCAGGGGGACGCCGGCGUGGCAUCAUUGGAUGGAAAACGCCGGGAGAAUCACCCAGCCCUCAGAAGUCGCUGGCCUUUGCGUUUAUCUCGCGUCUGAUGACGCGAAGACGCUGACCGGGGAGGAGAUCCACAUCAAUAGCGGGACUUUGUACAACUUUCAAAAUGAGGGGACUCACUGACCUUAUUCAAGAUGUUAUGGAAGUGUUCGCUGAAGCUCAAAUGAAAGGAAAUUGGAAUCCUGAAAUGAGGCUCGAGCUCAUUCAUUCUUGCAAUAUUAUCCUUCUGGUAAAAAAAAAAAAAUUUGCUUUCGGACGAGAGAAAUGAGAAAUAGGGUCGGACAGGG